GACAAUGGUGAGUGGCUGGUUCAGAGAGUGGGAGGGCUUCGUCAAGGGAAAGGACAAUGGUGAGUGGCUGGGCUUCGUUAAGGGAAAGGACAAUGGUGAGUGGCUGGGCUUCGUUAAGGGAAAGGACAAUGGUGAGUGGCUGGUUCAGAGAGUGGGAGAGCUUCGUCAAGGGAAAGGACAAUGGUGAGUGGCUGGUUCAGAGAGUGGGAGGGCUUUGUCAAGGGGAAGGACAAUGGUGAGUGGCUGGUUCAGAGAGUGGGAGAGCUUCGUCAAGGGAAAGGACAAUGGUGAGUGGCUGGUUCAGAGAGUGGGAGAGCUUCGUCAAGGGAAAGGACAAUGGUGAGUGGCUGGUUCAGAGAGUGGGAGGGCUUUGUCAAGGGGAAGGACAAUGGUGAGUGGCUGGUUCAGAGAGUGGGAGAGCUUCGUCAAGGGAAAGGACAAUGGUGAGUGGCUGGUUCAGAGAGUGGGAGAGCUUCGUCAAGGGAAAGGACAAUGGUGAGUGGCUGGCUCAGAGAGUGGGAGGGCUUCGUUAAGGGAAAGGACAAUGGUGAGUGGCUGGUUCAGAGAGUGGGAGAGCUUCGUCAAGGGAAAGGACAAUGAUCCACCAGGACCGAUCGAUAACUCUAAGAUCGCAAUCAACAAGAACGGCCAUCUAACACUCAAACAAGGGGCUGACUCUGGGCAGAUCUCUGAGGAGACCUGGAACUUUCUCCACUCCAUGCACGGAGGGAGUCCGGUCGUCACGGUCCGACCCAACGUCUCUCACCCCGAACCGGAGGCGUCCUCGCAGUCCGAGGAGAAGAUGGAGGUGGAGACACGCUCCGUUUAACACUACCUAGUCAACAACACCAACAGGAAACCCCCCCAACGCCAGCCCCGAGGACAAGCCCCCCCCCAACGCCAGCCCCGAGGACAAGCC